AUGAGCUACUAUUAUGGCAACUUCUAUGGUGGCCUUGGCUGUGGCCUUGGCGGCUUCAGUGGUCUGGGCUAUGGUCAUGAUUCCAGCUAUGGCCUUGUAGGCUAUGGUGGUUAUGGCUGCUUCCAUCCCUCUUUCUAUGGCAGAUACUUUUCUUCUGGCAUUUACUGA